AUGGAAGGUGUGAAUGACGCAAGUGUCGUGUCAAAUGAUUGGAAGAGGUUAAAGGAAAAUCCUUUAGUCCUAGCUUUUUUUAAUAAGCUUGCUGAUCUUGCGGGCAUUGAACAUGGGCUCGCAUAUCCUGACUACAAGUAUAAACCUAAUCGCAAAGAUAAGAAAGGCAGGAGGGAGGAGUCGCUAGUAUCAAGCCCAAGGGAAACUCGGGAAUUAUUUCAUUUAAAUGAUCAAUCAAAUGGAGUUGAUGAAGAAUCCGUCGCAUUAUUAGAGGUUGCUCGAGAUUAUGAAGCUCAGUCUUCUCCAGAAUAUUUCUCAGAUUCAAGUAUUCUAUAUUCUGGUCGUGAUUUAAGCGAUCCGCAAAUGAUCGGUGAAAAUCGUUAUGACCGUUUCAAUACAUAUCAAGAUUCUGUAUUUAUAUUUUCUCCGGAACAUUUAGAAGUAUAUUCUCCGGUUUCAGACAGUCAACAUCCUGGACCAUCUCAAUUGGAUUUAACUAGCCAAUUGCUCAUCCAAUACAUGGAUAAAAGUUGUUAUAACGAUUUUUCCGGCUCAAGUUCAGUAUAUGAUGAUAGGAGCAUGCUUCCCUUAGGUCUUCCUCCCGAACUAUUCAAGUUUGCUCAAUAUUCGAGUUUUUGCGCCCCUAUAGCUCUAGGAGUUAAUCAAUAUCAUGAAAGUUCACUUCCUCCAGGACAUGCUUUAGACAGGCAAUAUCAGUGGAAUUCAAGCGAACAACAGAAUGUCCGGGAUGAAAUGGACUACACUCAGCAAAUUGAUUAUUUUAGUACAAUUCCGAUAAAUGCCACUGAAAGUUUAUCUUUCCCUGAAUCUUCAGAAGAGAGUUCCCCCUCCAUCAUCGCUACCCAGCAAUUGUCUGUUCAAGAUGGAACCGAUUAUUCCCAAUACAGUGGAGAGCCAGUGCAUAUUCCCAUACAAGAAGAUGAAAACUUUACGGAAAUAGAACAAGGAACUUUUCAUUCGUACACUCUUUUCCAUAAUCAAUUUUUACAAAGCUGUCACACGAAUUCUGGAGGUGCACACUACAAUUUAUAG